AUGUCGUCCGAUUAUAGCAAUGGUGAGAAGCAAAGACACAAGAGCUCUCGUGAUUUGAUUUACAAGGACAACGAAUUAUUGCAGCAAUCGCCCAGCAACAACAGCGGUGUGGACGAAUUGAAUGAAAGCCGCCGGAGCAAAUACUCCAAAGCUGCUUCUACAACCUCGCGCAAAUCUCGUCGUAGUUUGAGCGACUCUCGUCGUCGACGUCGGUCAUCGUCUUCUCAUACGGAAGAAAAAAACAGACAAAGCCGCAGCAAUAAAAACAAGUCUUCGAGACAUUUGGGCAGCAGCAGCGGGAGCGCCAACGCCAACGCCAGCCAUCACAGUCCUAGACCUUCGUCGUCGUCCUCUUCGCGGCAUUUGCACACUAGUCCUGUUCCCAACACACCUUCUUCUUCUUCUAGAAGUUUGGGACCUAAAAAGGGUAAUAGCAGCAAUCGACACCAUGUCAGCAGGAGCAGGAGCGAUCGAGGUGGAAUGGGUGACGUAUUGGGCAGUCCUUCUUCCGUCACAAGUAGCAGGGCCACACAUUCUACCUUUCCCAUUAGUUCGGUGGACCUUAGCCACAGCCAUCGUUCCUCAAAUGGUGGUGCCGCUGCUGCUGCUGCUGAUGGUGGUGAAAACGUUGAGAGUACCAGCGUUUCGAAUUCAAGUCAUCUCGAUGCCGAUGUCAUGUACUCCCAAGGCGGCAAAACUAGUAGUAGAGACCGACGAUCCGGCAGCAAACGAAGACAGCACCACCAUCAUGAUACGAUGAUGGAUGCCCCCGAUGUUGCCCAUAAGAAUGAUAACAAUCAUAAUCGCAGUGGCCACCACAGUCCCAGACGAUCUGGAUCCUCUCGAUCCAGCAGCAAACGACACUUGAGCAAAGAAAGAAGCAAGAGACACAUGAUUACAGAUAUAGCAGCAUCAGGAGGAAGUGAUCAACAUACGACUGCUAGUUCGACCGCGGUCGACCUUUUGUACGAUGGUGAUGACUUUUACAAAAAGUCAUCCAAGAAAAGCCACAAACGAGCCUCUAAGCCAGGAGUGGAACAAGUCAAGGAUUCUUCAAAAUACAAGUCUGACAAAUCCGAUGGUAUCGAAAGUCUCAUGACUUCCUCUCACAGCAAGUCUUCCAAACGGACAAAUGGAACCAAAAGCAGCAAACAUGUUCUCUAUGGAGUCGAGGACGGCGAGGAUGGAUACUAUCAUUAUGAUCAAGAUGCCAAGACCAAGGCCUCCAAGUCAUCAUCAAGUCCCAAGAAACGCUCCAACAAGCCAGGAGUCGAACGAUGGUAUGACAAUGAUCAUGUAGAUCCACCAGCACAUUAUCACAAGAAUAUGCUCUACGGAGUGGAAGAAGAACAACGCAAAAAAGGUUCCAAGAAAAAGAAGGCCUAUCGUCCUGGUAUUGAACGCGUCACGGGAACUCGUGAUUUGCUCUACGGUGACGAAGAAGCCAAGAAACAUGCCAAUUAUUCGUCUUCGUCCAGAGCCGUCGCUGCAAACGAUGAUGGAUAUGCCUACGACUUUCCCAUUGCCACGGGAUCUCGAGGAGCCUAUAACAGUCAAGACGAUAGCAAUAGUCUCAUGGUGGACAGUCACCUUCCUGGCGACGAACCCAGCACCAGUGCGGUGUCAGUCAGCGAAGAGGCCAGUCAAACGACACGGCGUCAAAAGAGUGUCAGUGCAGGUUCUGUCAAACUGGUAGAAGAAAACAAACCGGGCAAGAAAAAGACGAGCACCUCCUGUGUCAUUUGUGGAAUCCUGUUUGCCUUGUUGGUGGUGGUAUUGGCUGUGGUGGGAGGUUUCGUAUGGUUGACGGGGGAUGACGAUGAUGCGCCCCAAGACAUUGCCUCCAUUGUCAAUGGAACCAUGGCGCCCACCAAUUUGGUAGUGCCGCUCCCACCCACCGAAUCUCCAAGUACCAAUUUUCCUUCCAGUUCUCCCACCGUAUCCACGAAAUACGAUCCACCAAGCGAAGAAGAUUGUCUUGAUAUUGCCAAUAAUAGAACAUUGCCUGGACAAGAGAAUUUGGAUCGAAAGGAUUUUAAUAUCAAGUUUGAUGUCACCCUUUCGCUGAAUGGGGACAUUACUGGGGAAGCUGUACGGGAACUACUCGAUGCCCUGGAACGUCUCUUUGUCCCCAGAAUGGUGGGAUGCAGUGAAGUGGACAUUGGUCGGAAUCGUGAUCGUCGCCGUUUGGGUUAUGAUGUACAACAAGAACAGAAGCAACAAAGAAUGUUACAAUCUCGUUAUGUCAUUGGAAAUGCAGAUGUGACCGUCAUUGAAAAUACUGAUUUCCAAGGCCAAGAAGUUGAAGAUGCUGAAUGCUCAGCACAAAAUACAGCAGAACCAGAAAGAUGCCACGUAGUAGAGGUGGAGAUGGCUGUCUACCUAAAGGGCGCUGCGACAGACUUUGAAAUCAUCUCGGUGAUUUCAAACUUGGGCGAAGGGAACUUGGUACCUCCAUUGGAAUUGUCAAAUACGUUUUCGGAAGUCCAUAUGAGUAGUGUUGACAGCACUGUCCCAACGGAAGCUCCAUCGCCUGCUCCAUCCGCGUUGGCAAGCUUGGCGCCAAGUACAUGGCCAUCUGCUUCGCCUUCUAGUUCGCCAACAGACUCGCCAGUGGUAGGACCAUCACCUCCACCAACUCCACCACCGACAGGCUUGCCAUCCAAUGCACCAAGUUCGAGUCCAACGGUCCAAGAUACUGCAGCACCAUCCGUUUUGCCUACCUCAUUGCCUUCCAUUUCACCGUCAGGGGCACCAACGUUGUCUCCAAUUGUUGGUCCAACGCCUCCACCAACCAAAGCACCGACAGCUGAACCCUCGAUAACACCAUCCUCUUUUCCAUCAAAGAUACCAACUCUCAGCCCAACAUCAGCACCAACAUAUACUCCAACAUUGGAACCAACGUCAGCACCAACAUAUACUCCAACAUCAGAACCAACAUCAGCACCAACAUAUACUCCAACGUCGACACCAACAAAGUCGCCCUCAUUGUCUCCGACAACCUCGCCGACAACCUCGCCGACAGCCUCACCCACCUUGGCCCCUACGCCGCCAUGUUUCUGUACAUCAGCCGACGCCUGCGACAACACUGCUGACAAUUUCCAAAUCGGUUGUGGAUCCUGUGCGCAAACAGGUGCCUGCACAAGUCUCGCUCAGUCUUCUGCGGGCUCUCCCCCUUUUACUGUUGGACAGGAUUCGUGCGUCGGUGUGGAGGCCUGCAAGGGAGCUGUGAUCCAUACCAUUGAAAACAAUUCUUGUACUGGAACAGGAUCGUGCCGCCGACAAAUCAACGUGGGUUCCAACAGUUGUACGGGCGAGCAGUCUUGUGAUAAACAAUCUGCUCCCAAUACGUUGUGGGAUGGAACUGCAGCCAAUCUGCUGACUGUUGGAUCAGACUCCUGCCAGGGAAUCAAGGCAUGCUUUUCCUUUGAAGGAACUGUUGGGAAGCGAAGUUGCACUGGUGCAAACUCCUGCCAAGAACGAGCGUUGCUGACAAUUGGUGAUAACUCAUGUCAAGGAACAGAAUCCUGUGCGUUGGAUCCAUAUGUUGCUCCUCCGUGUUUUACUCCUCCCUUUUGUGGUUUCCCCUCACCACCAAAACGAAUGAUUGUUGCCGACAACAGUUGCCAAUGUGAUUUCUGCUGUAGGUGCAUGCAGAAUGUAAAGACUUCAGGUUCUUGUAACUCUUUGGGUGAAUGUUGCGAUUCCACCAAUCCAAAAGUAUACGAUGCAGCCUUUGUACCCGUCGCUGGUACAAUGGAUUAG